CUGUUGGCGUGAGAAAAAUGGAGAGAGGGAGGGAGGGUCCUCCGCCGCCCAAGGGAGGGAGAGAGAGCCGAUCCUUCGCCGUCGCCUCCUCCUCCUCGUUCUCCUCUUUCGAUCGUCCUCCUCCGUCGUCGCACUCACAGCCACCCAUCGCCUGCGAAUCUCCGAUCGUCCUCCGUCGUCCAUCGCCACUGUCGGCGACGCCGACCGUCCUCCUUCGUCCACCAUCACCUCCUCCGUUGUCCAUUUCCGCCGAUAGUCCACUCUCUCUCUCUCUCUCUCUGUGACACAGAUCUCAGAUCUGUUUGUAUUUUUUUUUUUAUGAUCUGUUGAUGAAUCUUGGGAUGUUGUUGAUAGGGGAUGAUGAUGAAUGAUGUUAUUGUUGAUUGUGUUGCUGUUGAAACAGAUGGAGGGCGGGGAAUCUUCAGGGUCGGGGAUGGGGAUGGUGGUAGGUUCCCCGUCGGGGAUCGGGGCCGGGGCCGGGGAGAUUUUCCAAAUCGGGGAUCGGGGACGGGAGUGGGAUCCCCGGCCCCGCCCCGCCUCGUUGCCAUUCCUAUCCACCAUCUUAGAAACCAAGAAGGUUUGACUUUGGGUGGUCUCCUAAAGGCCAAGGAAGUAGAAGAACAAGCAAUGAAUAGCUCAUUGAAAGAUACUUAUAUACUAGAAAAUGUAAACAAUUGGAGGAUUGAGUCAUUGCCGAGUCUUCAAGAAGUGGAAGAGGUCAUAGGGUAUAAUUUUAAUAACCAAGACUUAUUAGAGGAAGCCUUUACACAUGUUUCGUACGGCGAGAAGUGCUUAUCUUACGAGCGACUCGAGUAUGUGGGUGACUCAGUGUUGAAUCUUUUGAUCACAAAAGAGCAAUUUAACUUGUAUCCAAAUCUUCCACCGGGUUUGCUGACUCCUCUUCGCGCAGCCAAUGUGGACACAGAGAAGCUUGCACGUGUCGCUGUCAAUCGUAAGUUCCAUAAAUAUUUACGGCACAGACUUCCUGUGAUUAGUAAACAAAUUCGAGACUUCAUUAGUGUUCUUCCACAGUAUCCAUUGCAUUCCAAUGGACUGAUCGAUGCUCCAAAGAUCCUUGCUGAUAUUGUUGAAUCCACAAUUGGGGCCAUAUUCAUCGACAGCAAUUCAUCAAUUGACACCACCUGGAAGGUAGCCAAAGGUUUAUUGCAUCCCAUAAUCACUCCAGAAAUGCUUCAAACACAUCCAGUAAGGAAGCUUUACGAGACAUGCCAGAAGAAUGGUUUGAAAAUACGACUCAUCGAUCUAUGGGCAAAAGAAGGUGCUUACGAAGUCAUUGUCGACAAUCAUGUAAGGGGAAAAGGUAAGUGCCUUGCCAAGAAGGAAAUUGCACUAAACAGAGCUGCAAACGAGGCAUAUAAUGAAAUUGUGAGAAAACUUGGGGUGAAACAUGAUAUCAAUUGUGGUGGCUAAUGGCCCAUUGUAAUGUUCAAAUUGGAUAGAUUACAUUUUUCUAUGUAGUCCAUCUUUUGGAUAUGGAAAAUAGAAUUCCGCAUUUUAACAUUGGCUAGUGCUUGAUUCAACAAUUUUGUAUUUCUAAUCUCAUUUCUAUUCAAUACAGGUAUGGCUUGACGGUAAGAUUA